AUGAAUGCCACAACGGCUGAGUUCCAGUCGUCGCGGUUUCAGACUUCAGUCAAAGCUGCGCUGUCUAUGUUGCCGUGUUUCUUCUUCCUGUAUGUAAAUGCCAUCAUGAUGUUUGCCCUGUUGAAGAAGCCUCUGUUACUAGAGUCCUCCCGGUACAUCCUGUUUGGUCAUUUGCUCAUAUGUGACUCUGUGCAGCUGCUGCUGUCUAUGAUGCUUUACAUUUUUGCCGUGAUGACGGUCAGAAUGAUCAACUAUGUUUGUGUUUUUGUCUCACUGGUUGCGGCCGUCACUGUUAAAAUGUCUCCUCUCAACCUUGCCGUGAUGUCUUUGGAGAGAUAUGUUGCAGUUUGUUUUCCGCUGAGGCACCCCAGCUUUGCCACGGUGAGGUCGACGGGUAAAGCCAUUGCUGUUAUGUGGAUGGUGGCGUCCUUAGACUCAUUCAUACAACUUUUCCUGUUUGUCAGGAUGGAGAAGACGAUCUUCCCUAUGCAGUCGUUCUGCAUCAGAAACAGUGUUUUUCACCUAGAAGUUUAUGUGACUUUAAACAUGGCCUUCACCAUUCUCUAUUUUGUGUUUGUGACUAUGAUUAUUAUCUAUACAUACACUGCAAUCAUGAUCACUGUGAAGUCAGCCUCAUCUAGAGGACGUCAUACCAAUAAGGCACCCAAGACAGUGCUGCUACAUCUGGUUCAGCUGUGGCUGUAUCUCACCUCCACCCUGUUUAAUAUGAUAAACCCCAGCAUGAUGUUGAAAGUGCCUCCUGAUGUUGCUAUUCAUGCUCAGUACGUCCUCUUUGUGGGUCUCAUCAUUUUCCCAAAGUGCUUGAGCCCGCUCAUAUACGGCCUCAGAGAUCAAACUCUCUGCCGUGUCUUCAAAUACUAUUUUACAUUUGGCUUUAGAACCAGUGUUAAACCAUCACCGUUGUCCUGA